AUGGCGGGCCAACAGCAGCAGAUACUGGAUACCAUCUUCAGCAUGAAGAGAAAGAUGCUGAAAAAAGACGAUUCUGACACAGAAGAUUCCGAGACGCCUUUCAGUAGCAACAAGCAGGAUUUGAGGCGCAAAGUCCAUUAUGCGCGCGCUAGCGACCCAGACUUUCUAUCUGAUCCGCGACCCUACAAGAAGCGCAUUGAGCAUGCCGGCUACCACAGGUCUAUCUUGCAGCGCAACCCUCCGCGAUACGAUCCGGACGGCGAUAUUGUCGAAGUCGACGACGAAUACGAGGACGAGGAGGACGUGGAGCCUGUCGAAGAGAAUCCAUAUGGUAACAUACAGCUGGAGAGUCUUCUUGCGCCGCUCACCUCUGCCGCCGACCUACCCAACCAUCCUGCCCUGAGCGUGGCAUACUCCUCUCGACACCUCACGGAACUCGCGAACGAAGCCGGCGCUCUCUCGCGAAAAGAGCACGUCACCAACGCGCGGGCAAAGACUUUGUUUGUAAAGCUUCAGGGCGACUCUACAUUUGCGCCAGAUGCUCUAUCGGCUAUGGGCAGAGCGCCCUUCCAAGAGUCGUGGAUCGAUGGCGCAAACGGACACGCGGAAGAAGAAGAGCAGCAACAGCAAACUCAUGAUGCUGAGAUGCAGGAUACCUCGGAAAGUCCCCAUGACGUAGACAUGGAGGAUGCAGGUCAGCCAAAUGGCACUAGCCGAGAGACCGAGACCAACGGCGAGAAGGUCAAUGGCGCACAUCCUGUAACAAACGGAACCCACAUUGGGGACGCAGAGCAAGCGCAAGAGAACGGAGAAGGAACACCCGACGAUGCGUCUGAUACCGCGUCGCAACAGACGGCGCAUCGGAUGACGACUCGAAGACGAGCUCAGGCGGCAGCCUCCACCCCUUCCCCACCUCAUUCCCCCUUGAGCGGUGUUGGUGCAAUACAUCCUCACUUUAUACACCCCUCAGACUCACUGCCGGAUCGCGACUUUGGUCUCCCACCCAGCGAGGCCGAGGAAACGCGCAUGCUUCUCAUGGCUUAUGUACAAAAGCAGGAGGAGGUUGCACGCAUAACCUCAGAUCUGUAUCAAGGUCUAUUGCAAGCCGACCGCAUGCGGCAAGAUGUUUAUAAAUGGUCCAAAGCGGAAGCACAUGUAGGAGAAAUGAGCGAUGGCGAGGACUGGUAUGACAAUGAAGAGUGGGGUCUCGAACAGGAUCUUGCCAAGGGCCGGGACGAAGAGGAAGAUGAUACAGCUGUGGCUGGCAAGAAGAGUACAAGACAACGGCGGAAGCCUGACAAGGAUGACCGGUAG